AUGUUGCUGUCAAUCCAAAGGCUUGAUUUUGAGGCUCUUUCGGAGAUUCCCGACCGUCCCCCCUCAGUCUCACAGGGAGCACUUCUAUUCUUGCUCACCCUUGUUAUUCUCCUCCUCUUCUCCUUUUUUUUCUGGAUUUUGAUUCUGCGACGCUUUUUGGAAACUUGUUAUAGAUUGCCAUGGCUCCCGUGGAGGUGCCAGUAUCCAGACGGCGUAGAGCCCAUCAGAAGCGAUCCAAGACGGGCUGCCGUACCUGCCGGUAAGAAUACAGUUAAAUUAUCUCGAUACAAUGUGGCAGGUCUAACAGCUCACUGCUACAGUGCUCGUCAUAUCAAAUGCGACGAAUCACCCGGUAACGUGUGCCAAAACUGCACGUCGACUGGUCGCAUAUGCGAAGGAUAUGAUAUGUGCCGGCUGCCUCAUAAGCGAACUGAUGUAUGUCUUCCUGACAUUGCAAACCGUCUGUGUUGGAUCAUGAACUCGGACGAGAAAAGAUGUUUUUCAUACUUCCAUCAUCACUCAAUCUCCAGUUUGAUUUCCUUCUUCGACUCACCCUUGUGGCAAAAGCUUAUAAGGCAACUCAGUCACACGGAGCCUGCGGUCUAUCAUGCCGUGAAUGUGCUCGGUGCGGUUCAAGAAGACUCAGAGGAAAAUGACAUGCGUCUGGCAGGCGUCAACCUAUAUCGCCCUCGACACCGAUUCGCCCUUGAACAGUCUGCACGAUCCUAUGCUCUUCUCAAUAAACGACAUGCAUCUCAUGAUCCGCAGUUGAAAGAGGUAACUCUACUAUUACUCGGGCAGUAUAAUUCAGCUUUGCGGCAUCUCCGGAGUGGCCUGAAAAUCUUAAAUGAGGCACCAACUUACACUCACUGCUUAUCAGCCAUAGACCAGUCUUUGGUCGAAGCAUUCGUGCGGUUGGACGCACAGUCCUCGCAUUUCGGAGCGGAUGGACCACUUUUGCAUCUCAACAAGGAGGGAGAAGAGGCGUGGUCACAUAGCGAUACAAUGCCACUACCUCGAAAUGUGCAAGAGGCCCGACGGGAACUCAAUCACGUAUUAAGCAAAGGCAUUCCCUUCCUCUCCGAGUGUUGGGCGCGUUCCAGUACGGAAAUCAGGCUCAACUAUGACUCAAUGCACUUCACGCAACAGAACCUUCUUGCAUCUCUGGCUCAGCAUAAGCAGCGAUUCGAAUUGUUCUGCGAAGAGUCAUAUGCCACGCUCAGCCCGAAGGAACAACGAGGGGCGGGAAUAAUCCGAUUGCACUACCUGGCUCAGAUCUUGAGUAUCAAAACCUGCUUUUUCCACGGGCCGAUUCCGGGAUAUUUGACCCCUGAAUACGUGUCCUUAUUAUCCGCUCACGAAGCGCUCAUGGUGAAAUUUCCGGAGCGUUCCACAACCACGCUGGACAAUGGCAUCAUCCCAGGACUGUAUGUUGUGGCAUCGAAAUGUCCCGACUAUCGUUCUUGGCCACAUUGCGAGGGCUUGAUAAAUUCCAACAUAGCUGCUUCAUUGGCCUUGGAAUCUCUCAAACGAGAACUCAUGGAAGGGAACAAGAGUGAGUUAUCCCUCAUAAUUGGGGAUAACGAAAACAUGCUGCACACUGGUCGAUGA